AUGUCAGAUAGGUUAACCCAGCUUCAAAUAUGUCUAGACCAAUUAAUAGAUCAGUUCAAAGCCACGGUAAACUACGUCAACGUGCACUCUCAACCAGCACUACUAGAUGAAGAUCCAACUUCAGUAUCAAACUUGGCCGCAAAAGCACCACUUCCACAACAACAACAGCAACAGCAGCAGUCCCCGCAGGCGACACAGCAACAGCUGCCGGAAGAAGCAGCACCGCCACCACAAGAAACGCCGGAAGUAGACCCCGAGAUUGAAUUCUCCAAUACAAUAGAAGAACUAUCAACUGAUAUCGUGUUGAAAAGCAGGCAAAUCAAUAUGUUGAUCGACUCCCUUCCCGGGAUCGGAGUGACUCCCGAGGAACAGCUUCGACAGAUUGACGAGUUGAGCUGGGAAUUGAAAGCGGUUGAAGAGAAGCGGAAAAACAAGAUUCACGAAAAGGAUCAGUUGUUGAAAGUUGUCGAUGAGUUGAUUGAGGAUUUGGUUACUGGGAUAUCUAGGACUAGAAUGCAGUGA